AUGAGUGCCAGCGCAACUGGAAUGUUUAAUAAGAAGUUGUUAGCCACACCACAAGAUGUUCUGAGCGCUCGUAAUUUGGAUGAUGUAGGGGAAAAUCCAAAUCUCUAUCACAAAAUAGCAUCAUACAAUCAUAAAGAAGCACGGUGUCUUUUAUUUGAACGACUGAGCGAUCUGAGGAAAAAAUACAUAAAAGCGCUACCAUAUGAUGAUGCUGCUCCAGGAAUAAUACAAAAAAUUGGCUUUAUCCCAUUUUUUGUUAUUUGUGUCAACUCAGCAGCACUCAGUGUUUGGAAUAGAAUUGAUUCCACGAGUGAAGUUACUUGGGAUGCCACUGGUCAUAUAAUACAAGCGGAUGAUAUACAUAAAAGAGUUCUUUAUUACGAAAUCACAAUCGCUAAUCCGAUUAAACGUGCCACAGCAAUUCCAAUCAGCUUCAUGAUUUCGGAAGCGCAUGAUGCUGAUACCAUCCACAAUUGGAUGUCUCAAAUUCGACUGCUAUACAGCAAAAAAUUUGGCAGCAAUCGGUUCCCUUCUCUAAGAUAUUUGAUUAAUGAUAGAGCGCAAGUGUUUAUUCAGACGGGUCUGCGGUUUUUCAAUCAAGAGUCAAUCCAGGAUUCUAAUAAUCGUGCAUAUAGAAUUCUCAUGGGCCAAUUUACCAGUGAAGAUAUUACAUUAACAAUUCCGCAUGCCUGUUGCAGUCAUAUUAUGAAGGACUUUCGAAUUAUGGCAAGAUUAUGUAAAAUUAAUGAAAUGCAAAUUAAACGGAUUAUGUUUUAUUCAUCUGUGUUACUCAAUUCAUUCACUUAUCAACAAUUAAAACAAAAUUAUUUUUUAUUUUGUGGUUAUUUUCUUUUAUCAAAUGAAUCAACUCAAUGGUGGACAACUACGGAUGCAUUAACAACAGCUGUCAAGUCAUUAAGUAAAUCCAAUAUGGAAGAGACAACCGAUAUUGUGAUGGAUGAUACAUUUUUCGACAUGACACCUGCUGAUGAAUAUGAUGUAUCACAACUUGAUACCAAUGUACCGGAUAUUUUCAAAACAAAAAAACAAUCAACACAAUUUUCUACUUGGAUCAGUAAUGAAGAAAAUAUUCUAAAUUCAAUUGAGUCUUCUAUAAAAAGUGAUAUGGUAAAAAUAUUCGAGAAUGUGUGUCGAAGUGCUGAUAAAUAUGAACUAGUCACUACUAAAUCAACUAAACUAAAGAAAAAGUCAGCCGAUAAUGAGUCUCAGUUAUCUCCAUAUGAAAAGUUUAUUGUUCAAUUUAACAAAUUAUAUAUGGGAACAGUCUACAUGUGGAGCAACAUUCUUCUAGGUAAGAUGUGAGAAAAGAAAGGCAAGCAAUAAAUAGAGCUCACUGUAAAUCAUGAAUAUGUUAGCUAAGUGCAUAUUAGAAAAUUAAAAGUUGAAGGUACUUUGUUCGACAGCGGGAAGUUGAUUAAGGACUCUUUCGAUACCCGGAAAUAAAUAUUUUAUCAACAGUUAUGCAAGUUCCGAUUUUUUAGGUGAUUUACAAAGGUAUAGAGAUGGAACCGAAUUAGAUGAAAAUAAUAAAAUUGACCACAUUCAAAGAACAACAGGGUCAAGUGAAAAGAGGAUGUGGUUUGUGAAGAAUAUCGAAUUAAAAAAAAGAUUCACAAGAGACUGGAUAUUGUUAUUGAUACCAUUUGUAAAGAAACCAUUGCUGUGCAGAAAACUGCCGGUUUGCAAAUGUACACAUCAUUAUCAAAGAAGUACAAAAACAUUGAAGAGCGAUAGAACAAAAAGAAGUCGAAAAUUCAAAACUUAAGCGCAUUGUAGUUUUCAAUAUUUUUACAUGGAUCGAUAGAGCUGAUCGAGCUGAAUCAGAAUAUGUGUGUUUUAGCCUUCCAACAAAUUUGUGAGGGUUGAAAAUUUUAAAAAAAUUAAAAUUUAAGAUUUUAAAAAACGGUCUACAUUUUAAAAACUGAACGUAAAUCUCAAACCCAGCGAGUUUUGGAGCUUUGAAAGCUUUUUAUUCUAAUUCUACAUGAAAAACUCCAUCUAGAAAAAAUAGUUUCGAAAAUAGUUUUUUGGACAACUUCCAUUUUUUUCGAACUAUUCGGCUGAGAUUUUGGAUAAAAAAUGAAAGUUGUCCAAAAAACUUGAAAGGCACAUUAGUCACUUCAGUUUUCGAUGUUGAUGCCAAAUAUGGAAUUGGUUUUGCAAAGAAAAUGAAAGUUUGACGGCGAAAACUGCAAAAUACGAGUGCAUUUCCUUGGUUUUUGCUACCUGUUUCAAAAAAAUUAAUUUUCUCAACAACGAAACAAUAUUUUGCAAAACCCAUUCGUAAGUUUUUUCAUGCCGUUAUGACGAAUGUAACCAUGCAAAAAUAUUGGCUUCAUCUUUAUUUUAAAAGAAAGGGUUGAUUCCUCCGGUGGCCACCGAUGAGGUAUUCCGCUAUCGGCGAAAAAUCUAAAUUUUUAAUGGUCAUAUAAUAUUUGAAUGGCAUCGAAACUAUUUUUUCUAGAUGGAGUUUUUCAUGUAGAAUUAGAAUAAAAAG